AUGGAUUCACUUCCAAUCUUGACUGUUCUUGAAGAGUCCAAAGUAUCGCCACCACCAGCCACCGUAGCCAACAGAUCACUGCCUCUAACUUUCUUCGACUUCUUAUGGCUAACCACCCCUCCGAUUAACACUCUCUUCUUCUACGAGCUCCCAAUCACCAAAACACACUUCACUGAAACAAUCACUCCCAGUCUGAAAAAUUCGCUAUCAAUCACCCUUCAACAUUUCUUUCCUUUCGUUGGUAACUUGAUCAUAUAUCCUUCUCGUGCUCAAAACCCAGAAAUCCGAUAUGUUGAAGGCGAUUCUGUGGAGGUUACGUUUGCAGAAUGUAACCUUGAUUUCAACGAUCUUAUAGGAAACCAUCCUCGAGAAUGUGACAAGUUUUAUCAUCUUAUACCUCUUCUCCGACGCACUGCUGAAGUUUCCGAUUUCAUAUCAAUCCCAGUCUUCUCCGUUCAAGUCACACUUUUUCCCAACUCCGGAUUCUCUAUUGGAAUGACGAAUCACCAUAGCCUUGGUGAUGCUAGCACCCGGUUUUGUUUCUUGAAGGCGUGGACAUCCAUAGCUCAAUCUGGCACAGAUGAGUUCUUUCUAGCUAAUGGAAGUAUGCCUGUUUAUGACAGAGUUCUCAAAUACCCGAAACUAGAUGAAAGCUAUCUGAAGAGCCAAAAGGUUGAAACUUUUGACAAUGAGUAUCAACUUGCAAGUCUUUCUGGGCCAACUGAUAAAGUUCGAGCCACGUUUAUCUUGAAACGAAGUGUCAUCAAUCGGUUGAAGGAAUUGGUUUCAAACCAACUACCAACGUUAGCAUAUGUAUCAUCUUUUACUGUUGCAUGUGGUUAUAUCUGGAGUUGCAUCGCAGAAUCACGAAACGAUGAACUGGAAGUAUUUGGUUUCACCAUUGAUUGCAGGGCACGUUUGGAUCCACCGAUUCCUGCGGCUUACUUUGGAAACUGUGUCACGUAA